AUCAUAGUGUUCACUAUUGUGUGCGGCUGAGGGAAGAAGAAAAAAAGAGGAGGGAGCAGGGGGGGGGGAAGAAAACCUGUCUCUUUGUGUGGGAAGGACUCAGCAGGAAAGUGAUUUUGUGAUUAUUAGAGUUUGCCGGCAAAGCAAGGCUUUUCCCCCUGACCUGCAACAGCAUCUUGUCCGCUCGGCGUGCCUCUGCUGCCUCACACUAGAGGCUCACAAAUGAGUGUGCUUCUCAAGCCGGCAAACAGCGACACCCGGGCUUCUCCUGAUGAUGAGAGUCGACGUCAGAGCGGUUUCCAUGAAUAUUGAUGUGGAGGAUAGUCUGUUUCAUAGAAGAACAGAAGGAGGCAAGAUGGCUGCCCUUUAGGAUUUGUUAAAGAGGAGAUCCAGACGGUUUGUUGGAAUUUCUACAAAGUGGAGGGACGUAAAAAGGAGGACAGACAGAGGGCAGCCCUGUGGAUGGACUCUGAGCAGGCCAGAUGGAAACAGAACAGGCCAGACAUGAGACGGAAGAAAGUCUGAUAUUAGCACAAUUUGGCGCAUCUCGAAACCUCUCUCACAAAUUACAGAAUGGAGGUCAGUCUUCAGAGGGAGAUUCUCUACAGAUCACUGGGGAUACAAACUGGAACCAUUACAAGCCCAGCACAGUUGCCAACACCAUGAAGAGGCACAGGGAGAAGUGCAACAGCCCUGCUUCAGGACAAGGGUUAUUUGAUCAAGGAGCCUACAUGAUGAAUGGAGAAUUGAUGAAUGGAGAGUUGAAGCAUGCACUCACUGAGCAGUCCUUACUGGUCCACCAGCCCAAAAAACUUAAAGUAGAUUCUGAGAUAAAAGGAAAUGACGACAUGAGCUCUAGUGUGGUGGACAACUUUCCUGAGUUGACAAAGGCAACAGAAUUUGAAUGCAGUGUCCCACGUAGAGAGGUUAAGUUAGACAAGAGGAACUGUAAUUUUUCAAAUGGUGAUAUUUUCUGUCUACCAAGUAAUAAACAAGUUUUGAUUCAAAACGGUGCUGUAUCUCCCUCCUCAACCAUAGAAAGCACUCCAGGUGACCUUUUAGAGAAAACUUUGUCUCAGUAUUAUCCUGAGCAAGUGUCAAUUUCACAACAAACAUCUGGGUCACAACUAGAUGCUGCAAACAAGCUACCCAGUGAUGGUGCUCAACACCCCUCUUUAUCCUCAGGAUUGCCCAAUUCAGCUCAGAUGCCUGACUCACAGCAACAGCAGCCUGGGGCAUCUGGCAAUGCUGAAGGAAGCAAAAAUUACAACUCUGUCAACUAUGUAGUGAAUGGAUACUCCAACACUUUUGGAGCAGAACACCAGCAGCAACAGCAUCAGCAGCGGCCUCCUUCUUACUCCGGUCUAGGUCAGCUGCCUGGUAUGAUCUCACCUACGAAUACUGCCAACAGUUCACAACAACAUCAAAAUGGCCCACAGUGUUAUCCAGAUGACACAAAUCCCCAAGGCAUAUAUGUGAAAGCCAACCAGGAGUUUACCCAGAACUCUUUUCUUGAGCGCAGUGCUCCGCUACAGGCAACAGAGGCAGGCGGAUAUGGACCCUUUCCCAGCUCUGGGAUACAGAAGAUGGGACAAAGUGAGGCACCCGGGUCUGGUCAGCAUCAGCACCAUGGCAAUGAUGGGGGCCAUCAUUAUGGAAUUCAACCCCAGAACUUUAAACAAAAUGCUGAGAAGCCACAUGGAACUGACAGUAUAGGGCCUAGUCUCCAGCAGCCAUGUCACGCUGGAUUAGAAAAUGGGAUGGAGAAUGCGGCUAAGCAGAGAGCCAACUUAUCAUGUUCGACUCCCAACCAGGGGGGCUGGAUAGAGCUAAACUCUUCACAUUCCCCGCAGCAAUCAGCAAGUGGCCCGUCAUCUCAGGCACAAGAGCCGGAUAUGUGGAGGACCUACUCUGCUAAGCCUCAGUCAGAGCAGCAGGCAGCGAACCACCAGGUUCACGGCCAGAUGUUAGAAAUGAAUCCAGUGCAAGGAUUCCAGACACAGGGAGUUUUCACAGAUAGCAGCCAGGGGUCUAACAGCUUCCAGCAGCAACAGCAGGACUGUCUCCCAGCCCAAGCUCACUGUGCUUCAGCCCAGCACAACACUGCCCCUGAGUGGCAGUCAUCAAAUUCUAAAGCACCUCAAAUGCAGCAGUCCCAACCCCAGAAAAUGCCUGAGCACCAUAACUUCCCCCAAAAUCGGCAGGCAGACAGCCACUACCACACCCAGAUGCAGUCAGAGCACUUAUGUGAAGACCCUGAUCUGCGGGAUAUACUGUCACAAGGGCCUUUAGCAACACAGCAACAACAGCACUUUCAUCUUCAGCGUCCACUGUCCCACCCACCACAAUUUGAAGGGCAACUCAAGUCUACCAUUUAUAGACCUCACAGUCAGCCUCCUCCAGGUCAACAGCAGCUUCAACCCAACCAGCCACUUAAAAACAUUUCUUCUCAACCCAACAACCAACACAACCAGCACAACGAGCAUACAACAUUCAGUUAUAAUAACUCAACAGAAAUGCAACAAUUACAACAACAUCCAAGGCAGUAUCCAUCAAACUCAGGCAGCAGUAACCUCAAGCAAUUUCCACCACAGCGGCCUAACAACCACUGCCACCAGCCCAACCACACUGACUUCCCCCAGACCUCUACAAAGUCACAACCUCACUUACCACAAGGUGCAUUAAUCCAACCGGUAUCAACACAGAUGUAUCCUAAAGAUGAACAACAGCUGAAGACAUCAUGCACUCAGUUCCAAAGGGGACCUCCAUUACCUCUGGGACCUUUGAGUCCCCAUGGAGACUUUCAGAGGCAUGCAGCCCUGCGAAUGCACCUGUUACAAAGGCAGGAGCGCCAGGGCCCUUCUCAGCCCCCCCAGAGCACUAGUGACCCCCAAAAUGGCUUGAGAGCUGUGAAACUGGAAAACAGACCUAGAUUUGAGCUGCCUUGUUCACAGCAACAGGAGCAGCAGUUACAGAUGCGAGAGGCAGGGAUAGGUGGAAUGCAAGUCAAGCAGGAAAAUCAACAAUCCCUGUGUGCGCAAAGUAAGAGGCAGAGUAGCAUCUUGGCAUCUAUGGAACAAAGCUUGAGGCAGUACCAGCUUUCACCUGUUUUUGAGAAGAAAUCCCUUGUCAUCAAUUCAGCGAACAAAGUCAAGGUGGAAUCAUCUGGGCCUGUCACCAUCCUGUCAACAAACACUGACCUGAGUGGAGUUGAAACAGCUCCAGCUGCCUCAGCUAUUGAAGGUCUAAAAAAACCACCUGAUUCCACCCCUAAGAAGGAACACCUCCUACAAAGCUUUUUGGAUUCUCCUAUGAAGCUGCUGGAUACUCCUAUAAAGAAUCUGCUGGAUACCCCCGUGAAAACACAAUACGACAUUGCCUCCUGUCACUGUGUUGAACAAAUCAGUGAGAAGGAUGAAGGUCCAUACUACACUCACCUGGGGUCAGCACCAAGUGUUGCUGGUAUACGGGAGAUGAUGGAGAAAAGGUCUGGUCUCUCUGGUCGCGCCAUCAGGAUUGAGAAAGUAAUAUACACCGGAAAGGAAGGAAAAAGUACACAGGGGUGCCCCAUAGCCAAAUGGGUGAUUCGUCGAUCCAGCGUAGAGGAAAAGCUACUGGUGCUGGUACGGGAACGUAGUGGUCACACAUGCGAGGCAGCCUGCAUCAUUGUGGUAAUCCUGGUCUGGGAGGGCAUCCUGCCCAGCCUGGCUGACCGCCUCUACCUCGAGCUAAGUGAAACUCUAACAAAGCAUGGAGCCCUCACCCAGAGACGCUGUUCUCUCAAUGAGGAGAGGACAUGUGCAUGCCAGGGGCUUGAUUCUGAUGCCUGUGGAGCAUCUUUCUCCUUUGGUUGCUCUUGGAGCAUGUACUACAAUGGCUGCAAAUUUGCCCGAAGCAAAAUCCCAAGAAAAUUCAAGCUACUAGGAGAUGAUGCGAAAGAGGAAGAGAAAUUGGAACACAACUUUCAAAGUUUGGCAACCCUACUGGGCCCUGUGUAUAAAACUUUGGCACCUGAAGCUUAUGGAAACCAGGUGGAACAUGAACAAAGAGCACCAGAUUGUCGCCUGGGGCUCAAAGAGGGCCGUCCCUUCUCUGGGGUCACUGCUUGUCUGGAUUUCUGUGCCCAUGCUCACAGAGACCUCCAUAACAUGCAGGGGGGCAGUACUGUGGUGUGUACAUUAACAAGUGAGGAUAACCGUGAUAUUGGAAAGAUUCCAGAGGAUGAGCAGCUACACGUUCUGCCUCUUUAUAAGGCUUCAAACACUGAUGAAUUUGGCAGUGAGGAGGGUCAGCAAGAGAAAAUCAAGUCAGGUGGCAUCCAAGUCCUGAGUGCCUUUCGCCGCCAGGUGCGCAUGCUUGCAGAGCCUGCCAAGUCUUGCCGGCAAAAGAAGCUGGAUGCGAAAAAGGCAGCUGCCAACAAGAAUGCCAUGCUGGACAAUGAUAAGGCAGAGAAGGCCCUCCUGGCCAAGUCAAAAGCUGGCACUUACGAGAAUACCACUCACAUUGCUUCAAUGGCAGGACGUAUUCCAGGUGCUGUGGGAGCAACCCUACAGUCGGGUCAGCCAACAUACCACCUUGGGGCCCAUCCUCAGCAACUACAGCAACAACAGCACCAGAGCAUUCUACCCCAUUAUCCUGGCUCAACAAAUGCAGCCAACUACCCCAGGUUCCCUAACCACCCUGGUUCUUUUCCAAGCACUUCCAAGCCAGGCAGCGUGUAUCCCCCUCAGCCACCAACACCAGGCAGCCCUUAUCCCCCCCAAAUCCAUGUUCCAAACUCUUAUAUCAAUGGAUCAAAUCGUCCAUAUCCAGGUUAUCAAUGUAAUGGAGGAAUGCCUCUUGAAAAUUACCACCCAUACUAUGCUUCAAACCCAAAGCACCUGGAUGUGUACAGACAACAGCGGCCAGCGCUUUAUUCAGAGCAGCAGUAUGGUGCACAUCAACGUUAUGAUGUCAAUUAUCCCCCAAGGUACAAUGAGCCAGGUUUACAAGUUAACGGUUACAAUGCAUGCAGCAUGAGCCCAGUUCAUCCCAUGAGACCUUUCGGCCCUUAUGGUCCAAAUGGAGCCUCAGAACCCCAGUUUAUAGACCCCCUGUCUAGAGCACCAUCAGCCCAUGGAGGCCUAGAUUAUGCUGCUGCUGUGAGCAAAGGCAAUCAGUUUGGAGGAUACGCAAAUCCAUACCUCUCUCGGAGCCCUCAAAUCAUACCCCCAGGCCAAGAUCCUUUCCAUAUGCAAAUCAAGACAGAGAUGGGCAUGCCUGGCCCACAGAUUGCUUCUCAGUUAGGUGGUGGGUGUUUAAACCGUGAGUCACAGUCAGGGUUAGGUCUGCCUAAUGGAAGCAUCAUGAGCUCUGGGAUUAAGCAAGAGCCUGUAACACCACAGACACCCACAACACCACAAAAGCCUGAGAUGUGGUCAGACAAUGAGCACAACUUCUUGGACCCUGAUAUUGGUGGUGUGGCAGUGGCACCUAGCCAUGGCUCAGUCCUGAUUGAGUGUGCGAAGCGGGAGCUCCACGCCACAACACCCCUUAAAAAUCCAGACCGCAACCACCCAACACGCAUCUCCUUGGUUUUCUACCAGCACAAAAAUAUGAAUGAGGCCAAGCAUGGUUUAGCACUAUGGGAAGCCAAGAUGGCAGAGAAGGCUCGAGAGAAGGAGGAAGAUGCUGAGAGGAAUGGUGGUGAGGGGACACCUAGCAAGGGCAGCAAGAAGGGGGUGAAGCGGGAGCAUCUGGAGUCAACAGACCCCACUUUUGUGCCUCCUUACAAGCGUUUUAUCCAGGCAUUGAUGGAGGGGUCCUUGUCAUGCACAACAAACACCUAUGUCAGUACAUCUCCAUACGCCUUCACCAAGGUCACAGGCCCUUACAGCAAGUUUGUGUAGAAAACACUCAUGAUGAAGAAAAUUGAAGGUUUUAUUUAUGAUAAAGCAAGCCCUCAAGCAUCACUGGCCUCAUCUAAACACUCCUUCCUAUCUGCAAGGUUGACAACAGCAUUGUAUAGAAAAAGGAACCUGUGAUCAGAUGAAAUCACUUUUCACAUCAGGUCUUUCACCUCUUUAACAAUCAAGCUUUACUAGUUGACCCUACCAAGGACGUAUUUAUUUUUGUUUGACAACUUUUGCAAGAUACAUAGUGUCAAAUUAUAUGGUGCUUUAGUUUGAUACAUAAGGACCUAUUUUUACAGAAACAAAGUUUUUCCUUGUUUUUUUGGUGGCUUUGUUUUUCUUACAUAAAUUUGGAGAUAAAAUACUGACUUUGUAAAUGACAACAGUCAUGGUGCUAAAGUGUGCUCAUUACCAUUUCUUUUAAUUCAAAUGCCUUCACACUGUAACCAUAAUACAUUCUAUUAUUGAAACUCAAUGACUUAUGUCAACUGGACACUGAAAAUAUUAUCCCACUGUCAAAUCAUCAGCAUCAUGAUCCUUUUUGGAAGGCAGUUUUUUUAAGAGCACUUUUUGAUAAAAGUUAAGUUUUGGUAAUACCUUUAAAUCAUAUAAUCUGGUUGUACUACAUUGCUGUUUUGACAGCAAUUAAUUCUUGAGCAUCAUUAAACUUCAAUUGAUACAUUGAUAGCAAAGAAUUGUACUAGCAAUCUAUGAAACAGAUUUGACUUCAUGCAAAAACAUUUUUUUAAAUAAUUAUCAUUGUGUUGGUGCUUCUUUCACUUUCCUAUGUCAUUUUUACUGUAUAUUGAGCCAUACUAAAUGGUGCAUUUUUAACAUUUUGAGAAAAAAAAAAUCAAAAUUUAUGUUAUCCUAGUUUUUACCAGGUUUACAAUGAUGUCAGCUGUUUUUAAUGUUCCUUACUGUAGGUUCAUUGAACAAACCUGGAUUGUGAAUAUUACGUGUAGUUUUAUGUCUUUUGUGCUUGGUAAAUGUGCUUUUUAUACACUGAGGAACAUGAAACAGGGUAGGCUCAGUGUCAGUUUCAGAGGGCAGCUGGCUUGCUGUGGGGGGUCUUUAAUUAUUGCAAUCUAACUGUAAGAUACACAGGUGAGAUUUGUACAGUAAAUUAAUUUCCUUUUUGGAAUUACUGUUAUAGAAUUUGUGUUGUAAAGAAUGCUAACAUUGUAUUUCUUGGGUUUCAACUGAAUUUAUUUCAUCAGGUGCUAUCAACCUACGCAUACAAUGUGACACUCUUUGGGCAGUGAGAAGGCUUUUAAAUAAUGUAUAAUACAAACCCGUCAUACCUCAAACUAGUUUGGCAAUAGGAUAUAACAUAUUUUUCUUUCUUCCUCUGUAUAUUACUUUCCAAAUUGUUAAUUACUGCUCAGCUUCAGGCCACUUAUAGGCAUAAAAGUUCAUUUCUUACUUUCUUAUCAAUCUGCAAGAAAGUAUUACUUGAACUUGAUCUUUCAUGUUACUGUAAAAUCAGGGACAUUUUAAACUAAUUUUGUGCACAUCUUCAAUGCCUGUAUUCAUCUUGUCAUUUUCUCAUUCAGGGAUUUGCCAUUGCAUCCUGAAUCCCAAUUUGGGUGUUGUCUUUUCCCCACAGACAAAAUUUAUUUUCCAGCAAUUCUUUACUUAUAUUUUAGCAAGAAGGAUGUUGGUUAUCUUUAAAAAGUAAUUUGAACAUAUAUGCACUGAGCUGAUUAAAGGGAAAGUAUCACAUUGACUCAGUAAAAAGCAAUGUAUUUGCUUUUGCUAUGAGGCAAGACCAGGGCAGUGAUUAAUGUAGUUGCACAUCGAUGUGCUUGUGUAUAGUUAAAUUUAUUUAUAACCACUAAGCAAUUGUAUAAUUAUUUUCUUUCCUACCUGAUUUAAUUAAUGUGACAUAUAAUGGAAUGACUCAUGUUAUAGUAAUAACUUUCCCCACUCUUUAACGUAUUGAUUUUCUGAAAGCACUUCGUUUCUUUUUCAGGAAAAAAUAUGUAAUAAAGAAUUGCAAAACAUUUUAUUUAAACAGAUUGUAAAUGUGUUAAAAAAUAAAUAAAUAAAUUAUGUCACAGUGUACAUACCAAGAAUUUGUAUUGCAGGAAUACAACUAAUUCUUCAAUAUUGAUGUAGCUUCUUCUUGUUCUGUCCAAUUGACCCACAGCUCCCCUAUGAGCAUAUCUUAAAAUAUCCUUUUUAAUCUUUCAGGUUAAGAGAAUGAUCAUGGUUAGAUUAUCCAGGAAGUCUUUGUAAAUAUUACACUCACUGUCACAGCAAUGUUUACAGUUAUAGUAUCCUGUUAGCUCAGACAUUAGAAGUUCUAGUUUCUUUUUUCUUUUAACUGUUCCAAUUUUGUAAAAAAUAAAUCUACAUAAAAAAUGUUGAUUUUUUGUUGUACAGGACCCAGCUACAGUAGCAGGUUGUGGUUGAGAAAGCCAAGGUGUCUAAGAAUAAUAGCGGGUUACAAGCAUAGCCAUACUUGAAGAUGCUUCAGAGUGUUUCUGAGUGAGUCAACAUUACUUGAAUGACUUUCUGGGUUUAACUAGUGCACUAUAUGUGCUCAGCUCAAAGGUUAAGCUAGCAGUUGAUACACACUUUUUUUUUUUUUGCAGUUAGACACUAAAGGUAUAAAAAAAAUGUGCAACUUUUUGCCUGUCCUUUUAUUUUUUUAAGGUUUUCCUAGUUCUUCUGAAGUUUGGUAUGCUACAAAAAAUGGAAUUAAGGAUGGGUAUUAAUACUGUAAGUAUUGUAAUGUACUGAAUGCAGUUUAUUUGAAAGCUGUUUAUUAUAUCAUUCCUGAUAUUGCUGAGAUGUGGGUGUUUUUUAAUAAAAUUUAUAUUUAUUUAAAGCAA